AACACGCACGAGGAACGUUUCACAGCUCGCUCUGCCCCGCCCACCCUGACACACACACACACCGCAGCAGGUUCCUCCCGCACACAGACGUCUCUGCGCUGUUCUGCAGGAAACGGAACCCACCGGAACCGGACUGAGACCCAGCCGUAGCAAGGUUCCGGUUCUGCUGACGGGAUCCAAAGCGGGUGGAUGUUCAGAGGUUGAUGAGGAUGAUGAUGAUGAUGAUGACAUCCUCACCCUCAGAGAAGAUGAAGAAGAAACCUCCAAAGGACAGUCUGACUCUGCUGCCAUGUUUCUACUUCGUAGAGCUGCCCAUUGUGGCUUCUUCUAUGGUGUCGCUGUACUUCCUGGAGCUGACCGAUGUGGUGAAGCCGGCUCAAGUGGGUUUCCGGUGCCACGACAGAGAUUUGAGUAUGCCGUACGUGGAUGGAGGAGAUGAGCUGAUCCCACUGUUGAUGCUUCUAAGCCUCGCCUUCGCUGGACCUGCUGCUUCAAUUAUGCUGGUGGAAGGAGCAAUCUACUGCCUGCAGUCCCGUCUGAAACUCCGCCGAGCUGAGGGAAGCAUCAACGCUGGCGGCUGCAGUUUCAACUCCUUCCUGAGGAGGACGGUCCGUUUCGUAGGUGUGCACGUGUUCGGCCUGUGUGCAACCGCGCUGCUCACUGACAUCAUCCAGCUGUCCACGGGGUACCACGCACCAUUCUUCCUCACUGUCUGCAAACCUAACUAUACUCUGGCGGGUGUGUCAUGUGACAAGAAUGCCUACAUCACCACAGACAUCUGCUCUGGGCAGGAUGAGCACGCCAUCAUGGCUGCGAGAAAGACGUUUCCUUCCCAGCAUGCAACUCUGUCAGCGUUUGCUGCUGUUUAUGUUUCUAUGUACUUUAAUUCGACCAUCUCAGACAGCACCAAGCUGCUCAAACCCGUGCUGGUGUUUGCAUUUGCCAUUGCUGCAGCGCUGACUGGCCUGACUCAGAUCACACAGCAUCGUAGCCACCCCAUCGACGUCUAUGUGGGCUUCCUCAUUGGAGCCUUCAUCGCCGCCUACCUGGCCCUUCACGCUGUCGCCAACUUCAAAUCAUCUGAUGACAUCACUCCACCCCCACCUCCUCCACCCCUAAAGGCAGACCCUCUCCGAGCACUGACUGAGCGGGGACACGAGUCGGUCUAUAACAAAGGCCCUGCCUCUGCCUCAGAGAGUAACGAUGAGAUAGCAGCAGCUCCGGCUCCCAUGGACCGGCUGGAUGGCCUGGGGCCCCUGCAGAGGGAGAAGGGCUCAAUGGGAAGUCUGAAGAGGGCCAGUGUGGAUGUAGAGCUGCUGGCUCCCCGAAGCCCCAUGGGAAAGGAGACCAUGGUGACCUUCAGCAACACGCUACCAAGAGCUAGCAUGAAUGUAAAUGGUGUACUGGGGGCCAACGAUGCCUCUGAGGAGGCGGUGCAGCCGGUCCAGCCAGUGCAGCCAGUGCAGCGCCGUCUGAAGGCUGUUCAGGUGCCCAUGGACCCUAUGCGGUCACAGCAGCUGGUGUCGGAGUGGAAGCAGAAGUCGAUGGAGAUGCGAGGUAUGGGUGUUCGGGACGAGGCAGAGCACGAAACCAGUGAAGACGGCUCUGAGGUAGGCUCUGUGGGGACUGACGAUGGCGGUUCUCAAGCCCCGAUCUACCAGCCUGCAGUGCAUGCCGGGAGGGCAAACGCAAGUCGCAACCCCACUCCACCUCCAGGGGGGGCCAAAGCUGUGGCAACACCCAGACCCCCACAGAUCCCAGAAGCAGGACCCCCACCGGUUUCUCCAAAAAGCGCCCUAACCCGAGCCAAGUGGCUCGCCAUCCGGGAGAAGACAACCGGGGAGGCGUCCGGGCGUGGUGCUGCCAACCAGCCACGACUCAUGCAAGUCAUUGCCAUGUCCAAGCAGCAGGGCCUCCUGCCGUCCUCGUCCUCUGGGGAGAAGUCCUCCGAAACCACAUCCACCUGCUCUGCCAUCUCCUCCGCUGCCGACUCGCCACACUACCGCCACCCCUUUGAGCAACCACGGGAGGGGCCAGGUAUCAUCACAGUGGAUGCCCAUGCACCCCACUAUCCUGUUGUCCAAGUCCCGCUUCCUCCCCAGGCCCAGCCCCCAUCAGGUAAUGGUAACCCAUGGGAGUGGGUGGGGGCAUCCAAUGGGGGAGACCCACGAGAAACCUACAACCUCUCUAACCUGAAUCGAGGAGAUUCGGCCAGCCGCAGCAGCAGCAGCUUCCACCCACGCCGCUCUGCCUCACCAUGCGCCACUGUCGACCCUACCAUAUCCUCAAGCCCACCUCACCAGCAGGUAGAGAUGUCAUCAGAUGCUCAGCGCAGGGAGAUGGCCAUGAGGCGCAAGACAGCACUGGUUCUGUUGGAGCGAGAGAUCCGUAACCAGACUGAGCAGGAGAACUAUUAUAAGAGUCUGCAGGGACGGAGGUUCAAAGAUUAGCCUGUUACCUUUCAAAAUAAAAGCCUUACUCUGAAACUGGUCACUAACAGCACAAAACCUGGUUGGCAACAAGGAGCGUGAUGCUAUGCAAGCAACAAGCUGUGAGAAGAGGUUUCCACCCAGGAGAUGAUGAGCUCAAGGUUUAGGAGCUCAACACUUGGACAGUUUCUCUUCACAAAAACACAUCUUACCUCUCAGAGAGUCUAGGAGGACAUCAAUGCUAUUGCAACUAUUUAUUUUUCCAAGUGAACCCACCACAGAGGACAUUAUUAUUAUUAUUAUUAUUAUUAUUAUUAUUAUUCUUGAGAUAAGUUGCUAUCCAAAGAAAUCAUCCCAAGAAGGAUGGAUUCAGUGGUUAUAAACAGAGACAGAGGUGUUGUUCACAUUUAUCAGAUGAUCUCACUGUUUUUGGUCAGUGAUGGUGCUGAGGUACCUCUGCUCUUCCACCCAUUCAGUUUCCUGUUCAGUGACUUUAACUUUAGAAAGGAUUCAGGCUGUGGCUAAAGGACAGUAUUAAUCCUGAAGGAAUCCAAUCACAAACUUCUUUAGACUGACACAGACUGACCCAAUUGUUCUGUGAUCCAGAAAGGAACACCUCUAUCUGUGCCGAAGAGAUGCUGUCCACUGUGUUGAGCCUCUCAGAAGAAAGGAACUCAUUCAAUAAACAGCUCAAAGUCAAAGCACAGAGACAAACUCAAACAGUAAAUUUUUGAAACACCCGAACAAACCCUAACCCUGCAGCAAACAAGAUCCCUGCAACAAACAAGAACCCUAUGACAAACCUGCGACAAACAAAGAACCCUGUCACAAACAAGAACCCUGCAACAAACCCUAAACCUGCGACAAACAAGAACCCUCCGACAAACAAAAAUCUUCCAAUAAACAAGAACUCUCCAACAAACCCUAACCUUCCAACAAACCAUAACCCUGCGACAAAUAAGAACCCAGCAGCAGAACCCAACCCCUCCAGUUAUGGAUUCUGUGAUGGCGGCCAUGUUGGCAGUCGAAUUCAGAUUGUAUAUUUCUUGCCUCUCUGGUGUGAUGGUUUGGUUGCUAUAGUGAUUCUCAGCAUGUUUGUUUGUUUGUGUGUGCUGCUGUCUGAUUGGUGGAGGUUGUGAGCGUUUUGUUUUUGUGUGUGAAUGAUAGUACUUAUUACUAAUGGACCGACAUGAGAUUAAAUCUCGUCACAGACGUUUAGGUGUAAAAAGAAACUAGGUGAUUUUAUUUCAGAGCUUUAUAAGUGCGAAAGACGGCCGAAGGUUUACGUGCGUGAAUAUUAAUCAAAUGUUUCUUCAAAGAAUCGGAAUGGAAAAUGGUGUUAAAGCCAUGGCUUCACAGUAAAGUUAUUUAUUUCUGUCUACAGAAAGUUUAUGUUUCAGUUAAACAAGAUUACUUAUUUGAUUGAUUAUGCAUGUCCUGAUUGUCCACAGAGAUCAACAUCUCUAUGAAACAUCUGAAACACCAAUUAUAAUUAACGUAGCGUUGCUAAAAAGUUUUUUAGCUCAACGAUAGUGAUUCAGAGCAAAAUUAUGGACAACUUGUGGUGUUUUGACCAGCUAAACUGACAUAUAUAACCGUACACUUAAUACCAGAUCGAAGUUUCUAUUUUCUUGGAUAAACCUGCAUAUUCUGCCAUCCAAACAUUCAUCUUCUUAGCUUCUUAUCCAGCUUAGGGUCACCUUGUGAUUCAGGUUGGUUUAACUCUGUGAGGUCUUCAUCUGUUAUGACCCCAACCCCCUAACCAUUUCUUUUAAGCCUCGUCCACAGAUGAAAUGAUUCAAUCUGUAGCAGAUGUUUAAUCUCUAAAAAGACUUUUCAGUCUGUAUGAGGUAGAAAGACUUUUGUUGUUCCCUGAUUGCUGAGAUUUAAGAGAACAAUUUUUAAAAUAUUACAUAUUCUGACAGGACAGGAUUAGGGUCAUCGUGAUCAUUUUUUUUGCUGUUAAAAUCCACUGUCUGCAGCAGACAUGGACGAAUCAAGAAAUACCUUAAAGAGAACAUGAAGCGUUCCACAUAUAUAGGCUAAUUCCCAUCAUGGAGACCUGCUCUCAAAAACUGACAUAGAUGUGACUCUGUCUGUAAAGCUGGAUUUAAGAAAUAAGCGAUGAAAUAUAACGUUUUAAAAAUAUGUUUAGCACCAUCUUCUGUCAGUAUGGAACAUGACAGCAUGUGGUUGGUUGGUUUCAGGUAAUAGACAUUAGUUUAGGUUAGGACAGAACUGAUAACGCAGAGGAAAAUAAGGAAACUAAAAACUAAUUGUUGUGUUACUAUGAGUUUAUGUUAAACUGAUUGUUGAAACUUGUUUGGCUAGCUGCACUCAAAUGGGAAAAUCCAUUAGCAUUAAUAUUCGGGUUCGUAAAGCACUUUAGAAACGAGACCUGUGUGGAGGAGAGCCUGUUUGAGCCACCAGAGUGAGAAG